AAGUUUUGUAACCUUUUUGAGAUUAUUUUACCGCUAAACUGCAAAGUAUUUAAGCUGCCAAUCGAGGAACAGAAUUUUAUGCAAACGUUUUUAGGAAAGAAAAAGAAAAAUGAAAACAAAAAAUUGAAUAUCUUAGAGGUGUAUGUGAUCGCGAAGGGCGGGGUGGGGUAUAUCUGUAAUAAAAAGAAAAAGAACAAUACACCAAGAAAAAUAUACCGAGGUUUAGAUUUGUAAAAGUUUUUUGCCAAAGUAGAACGUAAGUCUACUUAGAAUAUACUUAUCAUAUAUGUACAAUAAGCCACUGUCGAUUUACUGGAUUUGUAAGAAGUCGAAAAGGAAGAAAGAAAGAAAGAAAAAAGAAAUUCACCGUUUCACGUCAAACAACGAUCAUAUUUCGAAGCGUAUUGGGAAGAUGCCUCAGAGAGGGUGCGAGAGAAAGAAGAGGGGGAACCUGCACGAACGUUCUUGAGAGCCACCUCCUUUAUCCCUACUACUACCCUCGAGUCCCGGGAUGGAAUCAAUAUGAAAGCUCCCGCGAAGCUUCCGUCUUCGACGAAAAGCACUUUAAUACGGACAAUAAGAUUGUAGUGAGUUCGAUAGACUUCUUUUUCCUAUGAUAAUGAUCGAGUGUUUCCACAAAAUAGUUCGCUGAUUUAUUUAAAGAUCCUUUCGAUUGAGAGCAACUUCCCUCACGAGGGAAAGAAAUUUAAAAGAGGAUUUUUCGGAAGGGCUGAAAAUGUUUCUUUAGUUGAGUUCAAAACAGGACCGGUGUGAGAAUGAAGAGUACAAAAAAAGUGCGCCUCUCUAAGUCACGUUCAUUGGGCAUGUCAUAGGGGUAGUUUUAAAGAGAGAUAGAGGAAAGGAAUAAAAACAGAGAGAGAGAGAGAGAGAGAGAGAGAGAGAGAUUCAGCAACAGAAUGUUGAUCCUAAUCAUCAGCAUUUUGACGGUAGCUCGUACGAUUGUCGCUUCGUUACCACCUUCCGAUGAGAACGACAAUAUCCUCCACAUCGGAGGUAUUUUCCCGAUAGAAGGAGAGGGUGGUUGGCAGGGUGGUCAGGCAUGCAUGCCAGCCGUGAAUUUGGCACUGGAUGAUGUUAAUCGUGAGAAAAAUUUGUUACCUGGUUUCACCCUGAAAUUGCACUCCAAUGACAGCCAGUGCGAACCUGGCCUUGGUGCCUCGGUAAUGUACAAUUUACUCUACUAUAAGCCGCAUAAACUUAUGCUCUUAGCCGGAUGCAGCACGGUUUGUACCACUGUUGCUGAAGCAGCGAAAAUGUGGAACUUGGUUGUCCUAUGUUACGGUGCCUCGUCACCAGCACUAUCGGACAGAAAUCGAUUCCCGACUUUAUUCAGGACACAUCCAUCCGCCACCGUGCACAACCCCACGAGAAUCAAACUCCUACAAAAAUUCGGCUGGUCGCGUGUCGCCAUAUUGCAGCAAGCCGAGGAAGUGUUCAUUUCUACGGUAGAAGAUCUAGAAGCACGCUGUAAAGAAGCAGGAAUAGAAAUAGUCACGCGUCAGAGCUUUCUCUCUGAUCCAUCGGAUGCUGUGAGGAAUCUACGCAGACAAGACGCUAGAAUAAUCGUUGGUCUCUUCUACGUCGUAGCUGCGAGGAGAGUCCUCUGCGAGUUAUAUCGUCACAAUCUUUAUGGAAAGAGUUACGUUUGGUUUUUCAUCGGAUGGUACGAGGACAAUUGGUUCGAGAUGAAUCUCGAUAAGGAGAAUAUCGCUUGUACUAAGGAACAAAUGAGACAAGCUGCCGAAGGUCAUAUUACGACCGAGGCUCUCAUGUGGAAUCAAAAUAACGAUACGACUAUCAGCGGUAUGACGUCGGAAGAUUUCAGGCAAAGAUUGAACAAACUAUUAAAGGAGGGUGGAUUUGAUAUCGAUAACAAUCGGUAUCCCGAAGGUUAUCAGGAAGCUCCGCUUGCGUACGAUGCUGUUUGGUCUGUGGCGUUAGCCUUUAACAAAACUAUGGAGAAGUUAAAUAAACUGGGCAAGAGCUUGAAGAACUUUACCUAUACCGACAAGGAAAUCGCCGAUGAGAUUUAUUCGGCUAUCAACUCGACCCAAUUCUUAGGAGUUUCCGGAUACGUAGCAUUUAGUUCGCAAGGUGAUAGGAUAGCAUUGACACAAAUCGAACAAGUAAUCGAUGGAAAGUACGUUAAGUUAGGGUACUAUGAUACGCAAAGCGAUAAUCUUACAUGGCGGAACAUGGAGCGUUGGAUAGGUGGGAAAGUACCUCAAGAUAGAACGAUAGUAAGGACGGUUCUAAGAACGGUAUCACUGCCUUUAUUCAUAUGUAUGGGUACUAUAUCGUCUGUCGGGAUAGUUAUAGCUAUUGUAUUGAUUAUUUUCAACGUCUGGAAUAGACAUCGAAGGGUGAUUAUGUCUUCUCAUCCGGUAUGUAACACGAUCAUGCUGGCGGGUGUGAUAGCCUGUUUCAUAUCUGUAUUUCUUCUUGGAAUCGACGGCAGAUUCGUUUCACCAAAUGAAUAUCCAGGAAUUUGUCAGGCGAGAGCUUGGACGUUGUCUACCGGUUUUACUCUUGCGUUCGGUGCUAUGUUCAGUAAAGUAUGGCGAGUUCACAGACUCACUACUAAAACGAAAGCCGAUCAGGCAAAGUUGUUCAUGGCUAAACAAAAAGUUUCAUCUAUACAGAAGAAGAUUCAGCCAUGGAAGCUAUAUACGAUGGUAAGCGGAUUAUUGGUAGUCGACAUCGUACUUCUUAGCACAUGGCAAGGAUUUCAUCCUUUGCAAAGGCAAAUCGAAGUUUUCCCAUUGGAAUCACCUCCAACCGGGGACGACGACGCGAGAAUAAGACCAGAGUUAGAGCAUUGCGAGAGCGAACACAAUAGCAUAUGGCUCGGAUCGAUCUAUGGUUACAAAGGUGUUAUCCUGGUCUUUGGCUUAUUCUUGGCAUAUGAAACGAGAAGUAUCAAAGUGAAGCAAAUAAAUGAUUCGAGAUACGUAGGCAUGUCAAUUUAUAACGUAGUUGUAUUAUGCCUGAUAACGGCCCCCGUUACGAUGGUUAUAGCCAGUCAACAAGAUGCCAGUUUUGCUUUCGUAGCAUUAGCAAUUAUAUUUUGUUGCUUUCUCAGCAUGGCGUUGAUCUUUGUGCCGAAGGUAAUAGAAGUGAUUAGACAUCCCAGGGACAAGGCAGAAUCAAAAUAUAAUCCUGACGUAGGAUUGUCAAAGGAGGACGAAGAAAAAUAUCAAAAAUUAUUAAGUGAGAAUGAUGAACUACAAAAACUCAUUGCCGAGAAGGAAGAUAAAAUAAAGCUUUUGAAACAGAAGCUUAUCGAACGUGAUGCGUUAAAAGGAGGAGGUGGAAAUAUCGGAAAGGAUUCCUUGAUCGUAGCCGAUUUUGUAACCGGCGAGGGAACUUCGGACAGUGCAAUCGGUGGGGGUAUUUCUGUUAAUACAAGAUCCUCUCGAGCUUCCGCUUCCGAUUUUGAGUUGUCGGAAUCGUACUUAUAAAUUCCAAUCCAUUCAACCUCAUUUCAUUCGGAGACGUUUCGAGUAGACCAAAGUUUUGUGUAUUUUUUGUACCAAAACUAUGGUAUCAUGCAAUAGUCAUUGUCGGCGGUACUUUACGUAUGUAUCACAAAUAAAUAAUACUUUCUCACCUCUCAGAAAAAGGUAAGAGAAAGAAAAUAAUAGUAUAAAGGAGAAAGUCGAAUUUUGUGUUAAAAUUAGUAAGCAUGCGAUGCUCGACGUCUAUUUGCCUAGAUUCGUACGAAUACUACUUCUACGAAAGCAUAUUCUAGAUUUCUAUAUUCGUGUAAAUGUGUAAAUGUUAAACCGUCUGAAGUAUUUGAAAUCGCCCGUGCGCGUAAAUACGUCAUCGAAUUCGUAACUUCGUGUAAGUAGAAACUCGAUUAAACGUCAUUUGAAAUUCUAAUUCGAUGAUGAAUGGAUUAAAUCUCGGCCUAGGCCAUUUCAAGCCGUUCUUUCGCGCGCACACGCACGCACACACACUCCCUCUAUCUUUCUCUAGAACGACUACAGUAUUCUUUUUCCAAGUUAUUAUACGGUCGGAGAUGAAGGAUGCAAUAUUCGAUACGACACCAAAUACUUGAAUCUAUGCUCGAAAAUGAUGCAUACAAAAAAUAAUACAAAAUAUUAUAUCAAAAGAAAAAAAGAAAAAAAGAAAGAAAGAAAGAAAAAAAAGAAGAAAGAAAAGAAAACAAGCAGACCAUAACACAAUUUCUCAUUUGAUAUUACCUUAUAGAAUCCAAUCUUAAGGACCAACCUAAACCCUACAUGUUACAUAUAUUCCUCGAUGAAAAUAUUAAUUUUCGAUAUCUGAUAUACACGUAUAUAUUAUUUUGGACGAUUUUUUAUUUGUAAGUGUAAGAGCAAGCACCUCCAUUUCUAAUAAGUAGGCAUUCGUGAGAAGGUUGACCUAAGGGUUUGUAUAAUUUAGCGGUUAGAACAGUCGCCCGGAAAGCGAAAGACUUGGGUUCGAAUCACGUAUCAAACCACCCAAGGGCCCAACUUCUCUUGCAAAUCCUACAGAAAAUGUAAAUUUGUAAUUAUUCGAAUCACUGACCACGUCAAAAAUCCCGGGUCCAAAGAAAGAACUUAUAUCCGAUCGUUUCUUGACGAUAGAAUUCGACAAAAGGUACAGAAUAUUUAUUUAUUUAUUUAUUUAUUCUUGCAUAAUCGAAAGUUCAAACAAUAACAAUAGGAUAAAGAGACGUGGUAGGUUUCUUUGUCACCAAAACGAAUCUCUGUCUCUGUGGCAUCAAAUAUCGUUUAUUAUCGAAUAAAUAAAUUGUGUGAAACAAUUGCAGUUAAAUCUC